AUUCUAUUUUUCAAAAUUAAUUUAAUCCUAAAAUUAAUUUCCGUCGCUUUCAUUUUUCGAGGGGCGGACCAUCGCCGGAAAACGCAGUAACUGGCGGUGUACGGCUGCUUAACGAAACCGUUGAGACCUUAACCGCUCAAACGCCUCCGUCGCAACGAACAUUGCGUCCGCCAGUUUCUGAUUUCCUGCCCAUUCUUCGCCUUCACAAUUGUUUAUAAAUGGGUGCACUUCGAUUCCAUUUUACCUAAGUUCACAAUUAGAAGUAGAAUCUUUUCCUUCCUUCUGCGCACUACUCUGUAGAGAGAGAUUAGGCAAUGGAGUCCGGCAUGGUCGUCUCAGAAGGCACCCCUGAGGUUAAGAAUGAAAUCCGCAGUGAGGAGGAAAAGCUCCUCGUCGUUGCCAACGAUGGUGAGGUUAAGGAGAUUGCUGUUCUGACGGAAUUCAAGAAGAAGAGGAAUCAAAUCCAGGUUUCCAAUGUCAAGAAGCCGUUCUUUUACUACUACAAUCUUUCUAAGCGGCACAUUAAGCAGUACAAUGAAGUUGAGCUUUCUGCAUUAGGAAUGGCUAUACCUACUGUAGUGACGAUCGCCGAGAUUCUGAAGAGGAAUGGAUUGGCAUUUCAAAAGACCUUGACGAUAUCUUCUGUCAGUUUGAAGAAAGGGGAAAAUGAUAAGCUGGUUAUGAAACCUAAGAUUGAGAUUGCACUGGUAAAUGCAGAAAAGAUCAAGAACAUCUCGACUGCUCCAACAAGUGAAGAUUCUUGAUACAAGUUUUGUUAGUAGUAUAGUAUCAUUCUCGGAUCUGGCUUUUCUUCUUGUUUGCCUACUUUGUCCAGAGUUUCUAUAAGGGAAAUUAGAGGUUUGCUAGGGAAUAAUCGAGUGAAUUGUAGAUCUUUUAGUCGAAGCAUAUUCAAUCCUAAUAGAACCUAAGGAGAAGAGUUCCU